AGAGAGAGAGAGCGAGGGAGAGAGAGAGAGAGAGGGAGAGAGAGAGAGCGAGGGAGAGAGAGACGCACGUGGCAGGUCGCAGCUGGCCUCUCUCUCUGUGCGCUCUGAUAAAUCCUUCUUCUCUUCGAGUGAACGCGCGGAUGAUGAGAGGACGUCCGCCUGGUUGAAGGUGGAGAAGAGGCGACAGGAAACACCGCCUGUCGCGCACACACACACACACACACACACACACACACACACACACGGCGGCUCUGCGGUCGGACGUCGGCUGGAGCUAUGGACGGCCUGCAGGCGGAGCGCGCCGGGGAGCGCGCGGAGGAGAAGUACCGCGCUCUGGCCCUCGACACCGCCCUGAGCACCCUGGUGGCGGUGGCCGUGUACGUGCUGGUCAAAGUGAGCCUGGACGGCGUCCGGCAGUGGCGGGCCAGGAUCUCGGUGCUCGUCGUGGGCUCGGGCCCCGUGGGGCUGACGGCCGCGCUGGUCGCUGUCCGCUCCGGGAAGGUGCUGAAGCUGACCGUGCUGGACGAGCGGCACCGGAGCGCGCUGCUCUGCCGGCCGCAGCAGAUCGCCCUGGAUGCGCGCAGCGUGGAGUUCCUGCUGGGACUCGGCGUGGACUUCGACAACAUGGAGGGCUGCUGGCACAACGAGCACUUCUUCACCAGGAUAGGCGUGUUCCAGGAGCACCUGCUGAGCAUCCUGGAGCAGAAGAAGAGGGAGGUGGACGUCACGGUGCAGCUGGGGACCAAGUUCACAGAGGAUUACCUGCGCCGCAUCCCACAGAAUGACUGGCCAAGUGUGAUCGUGGUGGCUGAUGGGUCGUGUGGCGACUCGUGUUCGGUGCUGGGCAUCAGCUCUGACUACACUGUGGAGUCUUGCCAUGCCUAUGGAGCAAAUGCAACUAUAGAGAGACUAGACCAGAGACAGGUUCCCACUUCUGAGAUCCGUGCCCACAGUCUCUACUUUGACCUGUCCGCUUAUGGGGUGGAGGCCCUGCGAGAGCACCGAAGCCCGACGACCAAGCCUGGCUUUCACCUGAAGAUCUAUGGCACCUUAAGGAACCGCUACAUGGCCCUCGUGUGCCCCACAUCUGACACCAAGAUGGUUCGCUUUCUCAGGCACACGGCCAACUCCUCUAUCAUGAAGAACAUUUUCCACCAGUCCUUUAACGCCUACAAGACGGACAUUGAGCCUCGUCUCAGCGACGUGACGCACCACCACAUGCAGUGCAGCCGCCGUCUCUUUGAGAUCCAGUUGUCCCACCGGCGCAUCAGUGCUGCCUACAUUGAAGGGGACAAUGUGGCGGUCACCGUGGAGGGGGAGGCAGCACGCGUCCUCAACUUUGACACAGGUUGUGGGGUAAACUUAGGUAUGCGUGGUCUGGAGUCAAUGGGGUCGUUUAUUUACCGAACAGCCACCGCUGUGGACCAGAAUGAUAUUCUGGAGGCGCUGUCGGCGAAGAUGCAGCAUUCCAGACACGUGGCUGAGAUCUUCAAGCAGACGGGCCUGGCUGAAUCAAUGUACGACUGAAACAAAAAGGACAUCAUGGUGAACAUACCGCCAACAAGUGGAAAGUGCUGGUGGAUCAUUUGUGUUUAAUGUGAAUGUUUACAAUAAAAUCAUGAGUCUGACGCUGAAAUAGACCACUGAUGGUUCCAUACUGAAUGGAGCGGAAUGAGUAUGAGCUGUGAGCAGAUGGAUAACGGGUGUAAACAUGUGCCCAUAAGUCUCUGUGACGUUUAGUGAACAGACCUACUCUUAAGCGAGAAUAGCCACAUUAUGCAUUUUUGAAACAGUUGUGAUUUUCAGACUACAAAGCUUCAGAAUGCAGGGAGCUGUGGCAAAGAGACUAUUGAUGCACUGCAGACUGGAUGUUUCUCUGUAAGGUGUGAGAAUGUAAUCCAGUGGAAACUGGAAAUGGAAUGGAAACUGUGAGCUUCAUAAUUUCCCCAACUGUCCUUUUUUCCUUUUUAGUGAAAAAACUGCCUUUCACGAGAUUUUCAAAACUGAACUGAUCGUGCUCUGUGGACGGCACGUCAAUGAGAAACGAGACUGUGCCACAGCAUCAUACGCUCGAACUGAAAAACUGUUGUUGUCCAUGAUUCAACAAAGGAACGCUCGUGCAGAAUCAGAUGAAGUAAGCGGGCAGCUGCUCCAGAGAAUUAUUAUCCAGUGGUGAUAAUUGUGGUGAUUAUGUUCUGCAGCGUUUGCUCUAGUGGCUUCUUUUUGUAUGCUACAUUAUAAAUGAAGAUUUGUGACAUCUUUCAAAAAGAAGGGACUGGAACCAUAUUAUGGGCAAACUAUAUUAUUGACAAUUUAUUUUGUUGGUAUCAAAUUUCCACUUUCCUUUUAAUAUUUUUCUCCAGCUGAUCUAAAAAGGUCUAAAGUAUCACCCAUUAAAGUAUAUUAUAUAUUUUUUAUUACCUAUGAUAAUAAUGUCCUGCUCCUGUUGAAGUGCCAAUAAAGAUGGUAUUACAUUGA